UUACGUCACGCGUCAGAAGGCACUGGCUGCGCAGGCGCACUCGGGCCCUCGGCCUCUGGUUGCCUUAGUAACCUCCUGGCCUCUUCCGCCCAGACCUCCCGCGGCGCCAGCGCAAAGAUGGAGCCCUACAAACCAGAGCCCGAGCUUCAGCGGUUUUACCACCGGUUGCUGGGCCCGCUGUCGCUCUUCCCCCGCAAGGCGACACGCCCAGAAUCUCAGAAGCGCCUUCCGCCAGAGGUUCCGAUGCUGUUGCCUUUGCCGGUCUCCCGGCUGACGGUGGCGUCGCUGUGCAGCCAAGUGACCAACCGACUGGCCAGCAGCGGGCUGGCGGUGCGUGUGCCUACCGAAAGCCGACUCCGUUUCACUGAGGUCAUCCUGGACGAGCUAAAGUGCAGCUGGCAGGAGCCUCCCACUGAACCUACCCUGAGCCACUUGAACAACCAGAGACUGCGGAAACGGCUCCAGGCCUACGUACUGUACUUCAAAUACCUCACCAACCAAGAGACCGAUUUCCUCCAUGUCAUCUUCCAAAUGUAUGAAGAGGAGGUUCCUGUGGAGACCAAAGCCCCUGUCAGAGAGCCCCUAAAGAUUCAGUACCCACCUCCCUUGCUGGAAGAUGAAGAGCCAGACUUUGUGCCAGAAGAGUGGAAUUGGAGCACAGUGCUAGAGCACAGGCUAGGAAAUAAGAAGAUCAGCCUCCUGAGAGAACCCUACAAAAUCCUGAACCUACAGAAGCGUCUGGAACGCCUGUGGUCCAUACUGGAGGUCCCCGACAAGGACCGGCUGGACAUGGCCAUCAAGUACAGCUCCAACGCCCGUCUGAGGCAGCUGCCUUCAUUGGUGAGUGCCUGGGAGCAAGCCCUGAAGCCCAUUCAGCUGCGGGAGAUGUUGCUGGGGAGACUAGAAUGGUUUGAGCGACAAGCAUCUGACCCCAACCGCUUCUUUCAAAAGACUGCCAUGGACCUGAGUCGCUUCCUGGAGGAAAGUCAGUUCCGCAGCCGUCUACACAGGAAGAUCAGUGUACUACAGGCUCCUUUGGCUUCCCUCCUGGAGGAGAUUGAGUCAGUCUUUGGGGAGCCAGUGACCUUCAGGGGACGGCGAUACCUGGACAAGAUGAAGCACGACAAGGUGGAGAUGCUCUACUGGCUCCAGCAGCGGCAGCGGGUCCGCCACCUGACCCAGGGUCAGAAGGCCUCCUACCAGCCAGGGCUGUUCAAGAAGCUCAGCAGCCAGCCUCUAACAACUCCUGGAAAUACUCCCAUUACUCUGUGACAGG